UGCUUUCCAUUUUUCCUCUGGGUUGUUUUUCUUUUCUUUUUUUAAAAAUUUUCCUUGGUAACUUUAUUUUCCUUAGUAAGUUUAUUGGCUGAUUUUCUGCACGAAGCACAGAACAGCUUUUAUCCCCAAGGGACGGAGCUAUUUCAGACCUUACUAAGAAGUUAUUUAACAUGUUUCAACAUUUCCUACUGUCAUUCUCUGUUUUUAAGAGAGCCGUCUGAUUUUGUUUCACUUUCAACUGGAGCCUAAAUGACACCAACCAGACUCCACUUAGAUUAGUUUUCCAGAAACCGGUGAAAACAAAGUAUGAAGUUGGCCAGUGGGAUCUACUGUUUUCUGCUCAUUAGUCUGUAUGCUGACGUGGCUCAAAAUGCGACAACUGAAAAUAUCAGAAGGCUAAAACAGAGCAUGGGGCACAGAGUCCCAAGGAAGAGCCCUUCCCUCAACCACAGAUCACAUCGGCAAACUGAGCCAACGCGACGAACCGGGAUGGCUGCUGCGGCUGCUCCAACACCACGGCCUCGUCUCGGGGACAUCGAUGACAGCGCCGUCGACACGGUUGUGCCGCUUGGGAGCUAUCUGGGAGAAGAGUCGAGCUAUAGUGUCUUACCAGGGAAGAAGGGCCGAUGCGUCUUCGGUGGCAUGAUGAUGUACCACUCAGCCGCGUGGUCUCCUGAACCGUGCGUCACCUGUCUCUGCUCCAACGGGAAAGUGGUCUGUGACGAGGCCACGUGUCCGCCUCGGCAGUGCCCACGGACCUUUACGCCCGAAGGCGAAUGCUGCCCCGUCUGCUCGGAUACUGUAUUUAAUAGGAUUUCCUUAGGUGACAGCACGGAAUUUUCUGGCGAUUCUUUAGCCCAAAGUGAACGCAGGGAUCCACAGCAAAAGGCAUUGCCACAGACACCGGUGGGAACGGAUCGGCUGCUGCGCAGGAAGGAGCACGAGUCUGAGGAAGAAGACUCUGGGGAAAAGGAUGAAGAGAAGGGAGAGAGGAGGAAAACCAAGGAGGGAAGACACCGCCAGCAGACUUAUUCUGAGGGGAUGGUGCCAGAAAAAUACAAAAAGCAACCUCAUGAAGCAGAGGACUGCUGGACUGAAGAGAGAAAGGAGGCACGUCCACAACUGAACCAAGAAAACGAGGAGGAGGAGGAGGAAGAUGAAGAUGAAGAAGACAGCUGCUUCCCACCACCUGCUCCCGGUGCACAGAUCCCUCCUCUGCCCAGUGCGUGCUCCAUCUCGGGCCACAGGAUAAGCUGCAUAAAUGCCAAGCUUACCAAAAUACCCAACAUCAUAGCCCCAGAGUUAAGGAGCUUGGAGCUUAUUGGGAAUUCCAUCAGCUGCAUCCCUGACAAAGCAUUCCAUGGAACACCUAAUUUGGAAAGGCUUGACCUUCGCAAAAACACCAUCACCUCUUCUAGGAUCAGUCCCAAAGCAUUCAAGCCCCUGAAGAAGUUAACCCACUUGUACCUGGACGGCAACAGCCUGGACCGAUUCCCUGACGCACUGCCCUCUCGACUACAGGAACUAAAAAUCAAUGAGAACAAUCUUCAGUCAAUUGAUGAAGAUAGCCUGGCAGACUUACAGCAGCUGGUUGUCCUGGAGCUAGAAGGAAACCGGCUCAGCGAAUCCAAUGUCAGUCCUUCGGCCUUCGCACCUCUCAAGAGCCUGUCUUACUUGCGCCUGGGAAAAAACCAGUUCCGCAUCAUCCCCCAGGGCCUGCCAGCUUCCAUCGAGGAAUUAUAUCUGGAAAAUAACCAAAUUGAAGAAAUCAAAGAAACUUCUUUCAACCACACCAGAAACAUCAAUGUCAUUAUAUUACAUCACAAUAAGAUCGAAGAAAACAGGAUUGAUCCUUUGGCGUGGAUCCAUCAUGAAAACCUGGAAUCCAUUGAUCUCUCUUACAACAAGCUCUACCACGUUCCCUCCUACCUCCCCAAGUCUUUACUGCACCUGGUGCUGGUUGGCAAUCAAAUCGAGCGAGUUCCUGGGUACGUCUUUGGUCACAUGAAGCCCGGACUGGAAUACUUGUACCUUUCAUUUAACCAGCUGAAUGACGGCGGUGUCCACCCUGUGUCCUUCCAUGGGGCAUACCACUCUUUGAGAGAGAUCUUUCUGGAUUACAAUGAAUUAAAAUCCAUACCGUGUGGGAUAUCACGCAUGACCAAGCUGCGCCUUCUGAGACUUAACAACAACAAGAUACGGCGCCUUCGCCAGGAGCGCAUCUGUGGGGCUGAGAACAGAGAUUCCCCUCUGGAGCAUCUGCACCUUGAAAACAACUAUAUCAGCCAGAAAGCCAUUUCACCUUUUCUAUUUCCAUGUAUUCAAUCCCAUGCAAGCAUCAUCCUGGGGCCACAAAAGGUCAAAUAGAGUGGUGUGACCCUGCCUCGUGGCGGGUCUGCGCAUCUCUUGGUCCACAAGUGGCACGUGGCUCCAGGGAUGUCCCUUAAAGAUAGUGGAAGAUUCUGACUGCUUUUCCAAGUGGUUCUCCAGCCUGCAGACCAGGGGACAGGGCAGCAUAAACCCUCAAGUCCUGCAAUCCCUGGGCAGCAGCAGCUAAGAGAGGCCCAGCCCCGCCCCUGCCCCUGCCCGGUCCUGCUCACUAUUACUUCCCAGGAUGCACAGUGAUAAGUUUGGAGAUCAGCACAGGGAAGUCCAGCAGAUCAUUACUUGUCCUUGUUACAGCUGUAGGAUCAGUGAGGCCAGAAGGACAGAAGGUCAGCCCAGGGCCUCCAUUCGUCUCCCAGUUAUAUGACCAAGGCCCCAGGCCACAUUCCUAGACCCUGCAUUACAGAUGAGCUGCUAACUUGCACUGGAGGGAGGGACUUCCUGCUCCAGGAGUUCCCCACAAUGAUUAAGUCCUGAGUCUAGAAAGAAUAAAAGCAAAUCAAUUUACAGCUGACCUGAUCUGCUCAGUAAAUGCUGGCUCUGAAUAAGAUCUUUUUUUGAUGUGUGAUGCCUAAAGUGAAUGAAAGGCAGAGGGCUGGGCUGGACUUGGAGGAGUCAGCAAGAUCCAGGUUCCAAUCCCAACAUCUGGACACUUGUUCCAGGGCCCCAGGGAACACUGGAGUGGCUGUUCUGCCAUGGUGGAGGGAGUUUCCACACUGGAAGUCUCCUAUGCUGAUAAGAGCACAGAUGCUGGUUUGUCCCAAGGACCAUGGAGCCCAAAGCCCUGAACAGUAGCACAGUUCAGGAUCCGGGCCCCACUGGACCAUGGGUACCAUUCUCAUCUAUCAGGUGACAUCACUUCACCAGCCACACACAGCGGACACUGGUGAGCCACCAGAAGCCAGUGGACUCUAGGACUUCCUGGCUGGCCUUGUGACCCAGGCCCCCGAGCAGCUCAGUGGUCCCUCCUCAGCCACUGCCUCAAAGACAACACUAAGGACCGAUCCUCCUGGACUCUCCCCCAGAAAUACAAACAGGGCUGUGACAUGGACAUUUUCUCCCUGUGGAAAACGAUUUGCUCCCAUUUCUCCCCCAAAACAAGUGCAUCCUUUUGUGUGAGACCUUAAUUAUACCGUUUACUCAUUUUCUGGUU